AUCUCCCUUGGUUUGAGGACAGAUACGUCAGGUUGCUUCUUGCACUCAGGAUCACGAAGCUGUAAGAGAGUGUUGGUGGCUUACAAGCACAAAGCAAGAGCAACGGAGAUCUCCAAACCUCACCCAAAGCACGGCAGCCACAGAGGACCAUGGCAUUUGCAGGGAUGUUGAGCAACGAGGACAUACAGGCUGCAGUCCAGGCUUGUCAAGCUCCAGGCACAUUCAACUUCAAGUCAUUCUUUGAACAAGUUGGACUGACUGGCUUAUCUGAAGCAGACAGGAGAAAAGUGUUUACAGUCCUGGACCAAGACAAGAGUGGAUACAUCGAAGAGGAGGAGCUCAAGCUAUUUCUUCAGAAUUUCUCUCCGGGGGCCAGAGAGCUGACUGUGGCUGAAACCAAAGCUCUGAUGGCGUCUGGGGAUAAAGACGGUGAUGGCAAGAUUGGAAUAGAAGAGUUCUGUGAUCUCCUGAAGUAAAGAGAAACUACAUACACAUACGACCGAGGCUGUCUACCCUUGUUCUGAAUAAUGGAUUUGCAAUGGAGAUCUUGACUUUCUGGAUUGUUUCAUGCAAAGACCAAAAACCUCACAAAAUCUUUACCUGCCUGCUGCUCUCCCUGUUCAUGUGAUGCAACGUGUAUAAGAUGUUUAGUAGACAGAUGACCAAAGUUGGAUGUUAAACAUGUUUGUGUUUAAUCAAUCAGGUACCUUGAAUCAAUAAAUGUGAACAAUUAAAGAAGUAAA